UUGUUGUGGACGUCCCCAUUUAAAUGAAUGACAUCCUGCGCAAUUUAACGGGGUUCCUAUGGUUAACGUGAACGAGGCAUCACAGUGACAAUCUACUUGCAAAAUAAACUCGGCAUCUCAGGCUUUAGGACCGUGAAUCCACCUCCUUGGUGGAGAGGGCCUAUGCCGGAUCGAGCUGUCAUAUAGUCGGACGUUCGCGUUCAGUUUGAUAGUUUUUGGCAGUGGCAAGAGCGAUGCAAGACAAGGAGUGUAGAUGAGAUAGAGAGAUAAAGAGGAAACCAGUUAAAUAUAACACCUAAUCAGAAUAUAACUUUGUAUCCGUUUACAGGAAAGCGCACAGUGAACAUGUCGGUGUUGGCGCUACAAGAGUACGAAUUUGAGAGACAGUUCAACGAGGACGAAGCCAUACGAUGGAUGCAAGAAAACUGGAAGAAGUCCUUCCUCUUCUCAGCCCUCUAUGCUGCCUGCAUUCUAGGCGGCCGCCAUGUAAUGAAACAGAGGGAGAAAUUUAAUCUGAGGAAACCACUGGUGUUAUGGUCCCUCACCCUCGCAGUGUUCAGUAUAUUUGGUGCUGUUCGCACUGGAAGCUACAUGACAUACAUUCUGAUGACUAAAGGGCUCAAGCAGUCAGUGUGUGAUCAGAGCUUCUACAACGGGCCUGUCAGCAAGUUUUGGGCCUACGCCUUUGUGCUCAGUAAAGCACCAGAAUUGGGUGACACCCUGUUCAUCGUGCUGCGGAAGCAGAAGCUCAUCUUCCUCCACUGGUACCAUCACAUCACUGUUCUGCUCUACUCCUGGUACUCCUACAAGGACAUGGUGGCUGGCGGCGGCUGGUUCAUGACCAUGAACUACCUCGUCCACUCCGUCAUGUACUCUUACUACGCCCUGAGGGCGGCCGGCUUCAAGGUCUCAAGGAAAUUCGCCAUGUUCAUCACACUCACGCAGAUCACCCAGAUGCUGGUUGGUUGCGUGGUGAACUACCUGGUGUACUCGUGGAUGCAGCAGGGUCAGGAAUGCCCCUCUCACGUGCAGAACAUUGUGUGGUCCUCGCUUAUGUACCUCAGCUACUUUGUGCUCUUCUGCCAGUUCUUCCACGAGGCCUACAUUGACAAGACCAAGAAGGCCGCCGCAGCUAGAGCAGAAGCCGCUGCCGCAGCCGCCAGGAAGGCCCAGUAGACGCGUUUUGAGAGGGAAAGAUAGAAGGGAGACUGAUGGACACGAAACGCGAGGACCAAGGACUGAGGAGAUGGGGAGAAUUAUCGGCAAAUGGAUGGAUGAAUGAUUUGACGGAUGGGUGGAGGAAUGAAAGAGGGAGGUUGGGGAGGGGGGGGGGGGUAGAACACGAGGGAACAAAAGGUGGAACUGCUGUCUAUUUGUGCUUGAGCAUACUACUAACGCGCAGAUGUAAAAUCCUUCACUUUGACGGAGGUGCCAUCUCAAGAGAGCUGCACUGAUGAAGGAAGCACUACCUACCAAGGUGAUAAACAGUCAGUGUGUCCUUUAUCUGAUGUUUCUUUGGCUCCCACUUGAUUCUCCAUAUUAAUGGGACAGUUCAUUUUUUACCUGAUAAAGGAAGUACAUCUACUUGAAAAGGUGUUACUUGAUAAAUAGAAAAUCUAUUGGUACUUAUGAAGAAUGCGGGGACUUAAAUGUACGAUUGAAACCAUCUAGGUGUUUUUUGUCAUUUCUUCAUUGUCCUUUGCUUUUCUGUUUUUUGUUGAAUCGUUUUAGACACUGGGAGUGUGUGAGAGGUAGACUUUUGUGUGACUUUUGUGUGCUGAUGGAGCGAAUGACACUGUAACUUCUGUACCCAUCAUUGCAACACAAUAUUUUCUCAGGUUUUAGGUUUCCCUCAAUUGUUUCAUAUUAUAUGCAUAUCAUCUUGAUAAAGAUCUUGAUAACGGUCAGAUAUGGGCUUAAACAAUGCCAAAAGGCAUCAAAGGGGAAGGUUGCUUAGUUACAUACAAACAUCUGAUCUGAAGGCCCAUUGGAGAAAAUGAAUCUUGUGACCACACUGAUUCAAUGUGUGGCAUGAUGGGAAACGGAGUCUGACAGUGAUCUGUUCACCUGCCAGUAAUGACCUCACAAAGUCGCAGACCUCAUUUGAAAGCGAGACGCUAUACAUUUCCAAAGACUUUAAUGAAAGAAACGGUAACGGAAAAAUGCCUCAAGACCAGUGGACAUCGAAGUGUAUUGAAUUUAAAACAUAUUUAUGUUAAAGAAAACAAACAUGCAAUUGUCAAAAUUCAAUGUUAUAAUUAAGUAACCUGUAUCUUUUAAUGGUGUCUGUCAUGUUAUUGUGCAUUCACACUGUAUCAAUGAAAAUCAUUGUCGCUAAAGAACCAAGAGUGCAAACAAGGAGUGUUAUUAUGCC